CACCUGCCAUCAGCAUCGUCAUCAUAAUCAUCACCACCUCCUCCUCUUCCUCUCUCUCUCUCUCUCUCUCUCUCUACAGAAAAAAGUGCAACGGAAGGGAAGAUAUUCUCGGAGUCUGCAGCGAAAUUCGCGUACGCUUAGAGAGAAGAAUUUCGAAUUCUCAGACUCAGCUAGCUACAGAUUUACAUGUGUUGUCGAGAGAGAAUUUGAUCUCGCAAUUUUCGCGAAGGAAUUGCAGAAAAGGACCGUACAUCGGAGUUAGAGGAAAGCGUACAUUGGAAGGUAGGUUACGAAGCGCAAGGAUUUGGAGAGAUUGAUUUGAUUAAGGUGGCGGAGCUGCGGUGGUGUAUGUGAGAAUGAAGAGAGAUCAAGAGGUUGUGGAUGUGGCCGGUACGCGAGGGGAGAAAAGGAGGAAGAUAGAUGAAGGAGAAUCGAAGCUUUCUACGGCCUUAAUUCAGCUGAAAAGCCACCAAAAAAGCACAUCAGUUGUACCUGAAAAUUCACCUUCUCCAGCUAGCUUCGACGGUCCAGCUGCGAGCCCCAAGUCCGAUCACGUUGAAGUGUCUUGUAUCUCCGGCCAUGAUGGUUGCGAGCUCACUGAGGAAAACCUGAAAUUCUCAGAUCUAGAUGAAGAGAGGGAAGACAUUGCGACGUCGAAGUGUAAUUCUGAGACAGGAGAGAGCGGUGAAACAUCGCCGUUGAGGGAGUACCAAGCUGAACUGGGCGAGCUGGAGUCAACAGCAAGUCCGCGGGUAGAGGCUUAUUCUCUUAAGAUUAAGAAAUCAACACCUGAGAAGAUGCCUUCAGAAGCUGAAAUUGAAGAUUUUUUUGCUGCAGCCGAGAAAAAAAUCCAGAAACGAUUUGCAGAAAAGUAUAACUUCGACAUUGUUGAAGACAAGCCAUUGGAAGGUCGUUACGAGUGGGUUCAAUUACAGCCAUGAAGCUUGGCAUAUCAAAGUAGGCCAACAUCGGAGAUUGGCCGUACAACAACAACAAUGACGCAACGGCGGCUUGCACGUAAUUUCUAAAUUUACUCUUGGUGCCGUUACUGCAACUAAUCUAAAUAAUAAUAUUCCUAUCGAGGAAGUUAAACUCUCCUCUGAUCUAGAAGAUUUUACUUGUUUCUUUUCUGCUGGGUGAUGUAUAGCUAGCUUAGCCAGAUAAUUGUAUCUUUCAUAAUCAUAAAUCCUUCGUUCCACUUUCUCAUAUAUGUGCAAGCAAAAGCUUCGCAAUUC